GGGGCAGAGGAGAGUCAGGCGCGGACUUCCUAAGUAGAAUGGCGUGCGGGGCUGGUUGAUCUCCCCCUGCAAGCUUCCCCUCGCUGCGUCGAUCCUUGCCGCAACCCUCCUUCUCUCCCUCGAUUAGGGCAUCAUCCCAUUGUCACGCUUUGCUUUUGCCUUCUCAUUCACUUUUGUUAUCGUUGUUGCUGGAGUUGUUUUGGGCAAGGUGUCGGGACUCGCUGGCGCCGGAGGGGUUGGUGUGGUGGGUUCGCCCUGGUUGUGUGCCCUUGGUUUGUGAAUUGUUUGGCUAAGUUCUGUGAGAAGUUGGUGAGCUUUGGAGGGCGAGGUGUGUGCCGGUGUCGGUGACGAGAUCGCUUGAGAAAGAGUUUGGGAGUGUUGCGGAGAGUUUGCCAGGGUUGGCGAUCAAAAGGGUGUCGGGUCGGGUCGGGUUCCUGUUGUCUUUGUGUGCGUUUGUGUGUGUUUGUAGUGCCAUCAUGUCGUCCCCAAGCAAGCGGCGGGAGAUGGACGUGAUGAAGUUGAUGAUGAGUGACUACAAGGUCGAGAUGGUGAAUGAUGGAAUGAGCGAAUUCUAUGUGGAGUUUCAUGGACCGCGUGAGAGUCCUUACCAAGAAGGAACCUGGAAGAUCCGAGUCGAAUUGCCUGAUGCUUAUCCCUACAAGUCUCCUUCCAUUGGGUUUGUGAAUAGGAUCUUCCAUCCCAACGUAGAUGAGAUGUCAGGAUCUGUAUGCUUGGAUGUCAUCAAUCAGACUUGGAGUCCCAUGUUCGAUCUUAUCAAUGUGUUCGAAGUAUUUUUGCCUCAGCUCUUACUUUACCCUAAUCCUACCGAUCCUCUGAACGGUGAAGCCGCUGCGUUGAUGAUGCGAGACCGCGAGCACUAUGAGCAGAAAGUGAAAGAAUAUUGUGAAAGAUAUGCAAAGGCAGAGGACAUUGGAAGGCAUCCAGAGGACUCCAGUGAUGAUGAGUUGAGCGAGGAAGAAGACUGCAUGUCCAGCGACGAGGAGAUGGCGGGCCAUGCAGACCCUUGAGGCAUUUUGUUUUUGUGGUUCCCCAUAUCGAAGGUCUUCCCUCCUUAGCCGUUUCAAAGUGGAUCUGCCUGUAGUGAGUUAGGCUGCUCUGCUACUCGUCCGAUUUCCAAUUUGGGUGGCUAGGAUCCUUGCUAGACAAGUCACGGGAAUAAGAUGGUUUUACCGCUGAUUUUGUCUUGAAAGGGCUCCUUGGGUCGAUGGACCCGUAAGACUAGAGUCCUAUUGCAAUAACUGAGGGUCGUCAUGGUCCUCUCCCUCUUUGCUCGUGGAUGGACCUCAUAAUUGGCUGCUAAGUGAUGUUUGUAAAUACAAUUGGGGCUGUAAAGAGCUGCAGCGUUUUAUUUCGUUGGUUCCUC